AUGACAUCCACAAGAGAAGUUUCCCCCGAAGAAUGCGAGGCUCAACUCUCUCCUGCAGUGUUUCUAACACCUAAUUCUAAGGUCAAAGCACUUCUUGCUAAACUUGAUAACUACGAAAAUGAGUUAAAUGGAGUUUCUGCACGGGAUAAAUUACUUGCUGCAAUGUCGCAACCUAAGAUGAAAUCCAGCACCACACAACAUCCUGGCACGGUCAGCGAAGGUCGCUUUUUUUCUGAUGUUGACAACCUACGGCCAAAAGGACGCUUGGCUGCUAACAUACAGGUCAAGCAACAUUACUCAGACUCGGGAAUAGCUGCUAAAAGCAGGUUAUCAAAACCAGAAGAAUCCCUCCAGGACAGGAGCGUCGUCGGAUCUAAAGCUACAACUACUGGAAUUAUCGAGAAAAAAGAAUGCUCAAUUCCACAGGAAACUAAGCAAACUAUGACAUCUAGUACUUCCAGCAAAGUAUACUCAUCUGUCUCCCCGCCAUCACCUAGCCUGUUCGUCUCCCCAUUGAGAUUAUCCAAAUCAGUCUCGCGUACUGCAUCAUCGGAAAAUGAAUCUUCAGAAGAUGAAAAUGUUGAUCACAAAAAUUCCAUCGUUUCAACAUUGAACACAGUUGAUGAUGAAUUGUGCACACAGUCAGAAAUAACAAAAAAAUCGCAUACAAAGAUGCCGAAACAAAAACAGAAACUUUCAUCUCAGGGGAUAGAAGGACAGAGUGAUGAGAGCGAGACUGAAGCAAAUAUAAUUUUAACACAAAAAUCCAAGUCGUUAAGGAAAGCUAGCAAGAAAGCCUUAGAAGAUAUAAAUCGGGAAACCCAAAGACUAAGUCGCCAACAACAACUAGCACACAAGGCAAAGACAAAAAAGAAGAUCACAAAAGAAAGCUUGUUCUCAAAAUUCAACUUUCGAUCCAACUCUGAGCCCCAAUUUAAUGAGCCCGAAGUCUAUCAACCAAAAAUCCCCCACACCCCAACAAGAGAGCAGAAAAAUGCCACAGCCUUACCAGUUUCGCAAGAAAAUACAAUAUCAAAAUCUAUAAUGGCGCAAGUCUCAUUGGAAACGGAGUCAACAAGCCAGGAAACAGCUAAAAAUGAUAUUUCUACCGUGAUUCCGAAAACAUAUCUGGAUUCUAUUGUUCAAAAUAAUCAAAGCUGUCCACUAGCGAAUGAUUCUUUCAAAUCAAAGCAAAUAAAUGCAAUAAAUCUGCAACCCAAACCUCGCAGAAACUUAUCGGAAAUGAAUUAUGAAAAACAUAAAUCCCUAUUAGAAGAAUCUGAUAGUGACCUUGAGAUAAUUGAAAAAAGAGACUGCCUCAAGCAGAGGCUAAAUCAUGUUUUCAACUCAGCACCUAAGAAAAAAGUAGAAAGAGCAAACGGUCUACACGCAUUAAAAAUUCUUGCUCAACUCAACUCCUCAUCAACUAAUCAAAAAUCUAGGGACAGAGUCCUGCCUACUAGUAAAGAACUACAUGUAGGAUUGCAGCAACGUGCAAGACAGCAGGCUGCUCGCGAAAAGGAGGAAAAAUUAGCCUUGCUCUACGCGAAAGGAAUCACUAUUCAAACCAACGAAGAAAGAGAGAGAGACCAAGUGGAUCUCGAUGACUUGUUAUCUAAGGCUCGAACUGAAGCAGACAACCUGGGAAAGCAGGAAAAAGCUGAAGCAAAGAAAAGAAAAAGAGAAGAGAACAACACAGAUAAGCUUACAAGCUGUGAUGAAGACUGGUCCGAAGCCGAGCAAACGAAUUCAGAUAACUCUACUUUUUCUGACGAUGAAAGUCAAUACGGCGAUAAUCCUGAAGAAGAGAGUAAUAUUGGUGAAGAGGUCAAGGAUGGAUCUAUACCUAACCAAAAUAGUCAUAGGACAGACCGAGAUAUACCGCUAAUAAAACAAAGUGAAGAUGAAGAAACUGGUGAGGACUCUGAUAUGUCCACUGAAAUUGAUGUUCGAGAGUUAAAAAAUGAAGAUGAAGGAACCUCCAAAAUAUCUGUCCCACGCCGUCGACAUGUGAGAACUUUGAAUAUCAUCUCUGAUGAUGAAGACGACUUAUAUAAAACCAAGCCAGAGUCAGUUGAUUCGAAAGCAAAUUUUGUUCAAAAUUUCCCUAAAUCUCCAAGCACAACAAUUUGCUCUGCCACAAAGCCCUUCAUUCCCGGUAUUCAAGUUUCAGGCACCGCUGGACUAGGGCUAACACAAAUUUUUCAGGGGACCAUGGACGAGAUUCUGAGUUCCAAUGAGGUUAUAUCCUUGAGUGAGAGAACUAACGAGGAUUUGAAUAAUAUACAAAGCUUAGAUUUUUCUCCUCGUCCCACAUUUCUCGUCAACAAUCUCGAUACGGGAACCUUGCAUCAUACUCAGGUCCGUCAAAGCAGUAAUUUCCCAGGCAAAACCUCCGCUGCUGUGGUUAAUCAAGACAGUUCUAAAUGUCUUAAAGACGAAGAAUUCGACAAAGAAUUUCAUGAGACUAAUUUUACACAGUUCGCCGAACCGACCCAAGACGUGGGAUUCGCUCCAUUAUCACCUUUUGAAGAUAGAUUUUUAGACCUUUCUUCAUCCAAGGCAGAAAACAUCUGCGCGCAACAGAACGAACAUAAAAAAACCAAGAGAAAGCGACUACACCGACGAGCACCCGAAAUAACUAAUCUUUCAGACGAGGAAAACGAUGAGGGAACAGAAGAAAUAUCUACGAAAAACUUUAAAGGCGACGAAUCAGAUCUUGAAGCAAAUGUAUUUGAUGCCCUCCAAAAAACAACUCGAAGGGAAAAUAAUUUCGCAAAGAAUUUCAGUAAGAAAACGAGUGAAGCGAAGAAUUUAUUCCAUGAACAAGCCGAGGAAUCGGAAGAUGAAUAUGCUGGGCUCGGCGGCGUCAGCGAGAAUGAGAGCGGCAGUGAUGACGAAACUGAAAUGCAGGAGAUGAUAGAUGAUGCGGAAGGCAAGGAAUUUUAUGAACAGAAGCAUGCAGCGCUCUACGCGGACUAUGAGCGGAAGAGUGAUGAGAAGCAGGUCAAGAAGCUCUAUAAUGACAUCACCAAUGGCAUGCUGCGCAGGAAACGUCGUGCAGAGUUUGACUUGUCUGAUUCUGACGACGAUGGAGCAGCUCGACAGCGCAGAAAACAACGAGAAUUUGCUCGAAUGAGGAAAGCUCUGCUGGCUGAUGAGCGUAUUGGUGAGAUCGCAGUUAAUCCUAAGCGACAAGCUUUUCUCCGAGCCAUCGAGGAUCGAUGUAGCGAGGAUGAAAUGGAUUUUCUCCAGAUCCACGAGGAACAGUACGAAAUCAAAGACUCUAAACCAGCAUCAGAUAAAGCGGUAGGGAAUGUCAGCCUACAUCAGGAACUCUCGAGAUGUAUCGAUCCAAAACCCUCAGGGGAGAACUCAUACAAGUCAACCCCUCGAUAUUCCAAGGGCCCUCCGAAACCUUCGACUCUCUCUGAGAUCCGCGCAUCGCUGCUGAGCUUGAUCGAAGAAGUUAACGUCGAGGCCCCGCUUCAACCGGGCCCAGAAUCGGACGAUGAUCUUGAGAUAGUUGGGGAUACCGUUUCGAGCGACACCCAGGGCUCUAACACACGCGAGACCCUUGAUCCUUUUGUUCUUCGUCGCCAUACGGGCAAAGUCAUAGACCGGUUCCUGGCACAGCAAACCGCCUCAUUGACGAACGCUAGUACGAGCGCUUCACGGCCCGCAUUUGCACCGUCCAGCGUUGUUAACGCCUCUUCACUGCCGCCAAUCUUGCGACGCGUUACGACAGACCAGAGCUUCACUUGCACCAUUAAUAAUGGCGGCAAGGGGAAGGGGCUUGUGAUUCCCGAGCGAUCCGAGAGCUGCCUCAAGGGCGAUGGUGUGAAGCGGGGUGGCACAAGAGGUAGUGGCAUCAACUAUUUUGCUCGAGAGAAUGAACGUCGGGCCAAAGUGAUGCUGAUAGAGCAGCGUCGCCAACAUAAGUUACUUGAGAGUGCAGCUCACCGGAGGCGUAUGGUUGGUGGCCUACUCGGUGGCGGCAAGUUCGAUUGA